AUGUACAGCCUCGUCAGAGUCGCCCAUGACUGGAAUUACAUGUGGGUCCCGGGCACUAUGCAGCAGCAGUGCUCAUCAGAAGCUGCUGUCAAAAGGCAGAUUAAUGUGGAGCUCACUGCCUCCGAUCUCAAUCACUCUUUGAUGUCCUACUUUGACCGGGAUGAUGUGGCCCUCCCCCACUUCUCCAGGUUCUUCAAAGAUCAGUCCCGGGAGAAGCAGGAACAUGCAGAGAAGCUGCUGAAAUUCCAGAAUCAGCGUGGAGGCCGAGUCCUCCUCCAGGAUGUGAAGAAGCCUGAGAGGGAUGAGUGGGGUAACAGUCUGCAGGCAAUGCAGGUUGCCCUGGAUGUGGAGAAGAAUGUGAACCAGAGUUUGCUGGAUCUACACCAACUCGCCACAGCCCAGACUGACCCUCAUCUGUGUGACUUCCUGGAGACUCACUAUUUGGAUGAGGAGGUGGAGAUCAUCAAGCAACUCGGGGACUACAUCACCAACCUGAAGCGCCUGGGAGCCCCUGAGAAUGGGAUGGGAGAGUACCUGUUUGACAGGCUCUCCCUGGAGGACAGCAGUUAG